AACUUUUGAAUGAACUAUACUUAAGCUCGCGCCUCUGGCCGGAGGCAAGGUCGCAUUACAACCUGUUUGGGAAUGCUUGCACAGUGGAUAGCAAGUAAGUAUAAAAUCUGAUUUCAAUACGACACAGACAUCAUUCAGACUUUAGACGUUGAAGCGAAACCAAGCAUGUUUUACAAAAUCGUUGCAUUGUGCGCCUUCGCGGCAGUAGCCCAUGCCGGUCUUCUGGUUGAGCCGCACUACUCCUCGGCCGCCGCCGUCUCCUCGCAGAGCAUCGUGCGCCACGACCAGCCCCAGCUGGCCCACAAGCUGGUGGCUGCCCCCGUCGCCUACCACGCCGCUCCCGCUCAUGUCGCCUACCAUGCCGCUCCCGCUCAUGUCGCCUACCACGCCGCUCCCGCUCCCGUCACGUACCAUGCCGCUCCCGCUCAUGUUGCCUACCACGCUGCUCCUGCUGCCGUCCACUAUUCUGCCCCUAUCGCUAAAGUAGUAGCCCAUCAUGAGGAAGAAAUCGCUAACCCCAAAUACGAGUACACUUACUCCGUGGCUGACGGACACACCGGCGACAACAAGUCCCAGCAGGAGACCCGCGACGGAGAUUUCGUGAAGGGCUCUUACUCUUUCCACGAGGCUGACGGCUCCAUCCGCACCGUGGAGUACACCGCUGACGACCACAACGGCUUCAACGCGGUGGUGCACAACACCGCCCCCACCCACGCGCCCGCCGUCAUCAAGGCUGCGCCUGUCUACGCCGCUCCCGCUUACUACCAUCACUAAUAUAUUUAGGGAAAUUGUUACCAAAGAUCAUAGAGAGAAACUGGCGGUAAAUGUUAAAUAGUUAUUUAUUUCAUGCAAUACAUAAAAAGUGUCAAAAAUUAAA